CAAUGUGAGGUGAACAUGCUUCAUCAUGAUGCCAUAUAUCCUACAGACUGUGUUUACUUGGACAUAUAAGGGAAUACUGUGCACCUGCAGGUUCCUUUGGAUAUGCCCAUACAAUGCAAUACAAUUCUUGCCAAGGGAACAACAUGUUACAGAGGACACAAGCCGCCAGCAUAGACAACUUGUGGGUUCUGAAAGUAAGGGGAUUGGAGCCAUACCAGGUAGCCCAGACCGUACAACUGCCCUUCAUAAAAGACUAACCAAAACCGAGAAAGACAUACUGUCACUCAAGACCAGGAUCGCCUGUGAGAGAGCAUCAUGGGAGAGGAGAUUUGCAGAACUGCAAAGAAAACAGGAAGAGCUACAUAAUCAGCUUGCCUCCCAGGCUGGAGCGUUGGUGAAAGAGGACACAUAUGAUGACCAGGGAGAGACAGGAGUGGACAAUGGAGAAGUACUUGAGAAGUGUUCAAGUGGUCUCUCAAGAAUGAUACGCAAAGGGUUAAAGGGGUCAUCAAGAGAAGAAACAUAUACAAGCAGUUUGUCAGGCAGCCAGUUAUCCUCAUCAUUUGCACUGAGCUCAAGACCUGGCUCCUCCUCAUCUUCAGCCACCAGUGUGAGGUCACGGAGGACGUCCCAAGGGCCUCACCGGGUUUUUGUUCCUCACUCCCCCAUGGACCUUGAACUGGGUCACCGGGUCAGGAUCAUGCUGCCGUAUGGACGGAUCAGCACAGGAACUAUUCGUUUCCUUGGCCACCUGCAGGGGGAGGCAGAUCUCCACCUUGGGGUGGAGCUGCAGACACCUGAUCAUGGGCUGCAUGAUGGCAGCCACAAGGGAUACCACUACUUUGAAUGCAAGCCCGGCUAUGGUGCCUUUGUACCAUUCCACAAACUACUGAUGGCCUGGGAAUGACACUAUUAUGUAAAGCUUCAAAUUCAAUCAAAUCAAGUUCAUUGUCACAUCCACAGUCAUACACAGUACAACACCUUCUUCAAAGCAUUGGCACUAACAGGAUAAUUACCCUAACAUAUAUGUUUAUGAUGAUCCCGAAAAGAUGCAUGGAAAGACAGCCAGAUGAAUGCAGAACAGUAGUUAAGGCCAUGGAUUUAGACCUUUUUAUAAUGAGAUACAUCUCUGAAUCAAAGUACAUACAUAAAAGGUAUGUUUGUCAUGUGUGUUUUGUCUGU